UUGAUGAUUGUUUACAAAUAGACUUUCCAAGUGCAAGGCCGGCUUAAGUUACACAUUUUAAGCAAACCGACUACAACUCCAAUGGGCUACCAGUUGUUGUCGGAUACAGUAGUACUUUUGGACCAUAAGGCUGCUGUGGACAAGAUUUAUUCCAACUAUAAGUUUUACGAUGAUAGUGUGGUUAGUGCUUCGUUGAAAUCACAACUGUUUCAUAUUGUAUCGCCGUACGAUAGAAAAACUACCGUCAGUGAUGAUGUCGGUCAAGAUGUGAACCGACAAAGGUCGAAAAGGAAAAAGGUUGCGGAAGUGUUUGAUGAAACGACGGAAAAAGUUCGAUCCAAUCAUACGGAAUUCCUAAAAUUGAACAACCUACCAGCUCCCACCGAAGAAUGUGAUAACCGAACCGCUCUCGAGUUUGUGGAUGGCUUCAACCGGGAUGACCGUUACGACCCCAGUAAAUCGUACAAUGGCGCCAACAGCACGCAGUUUGUAGUGCUGGCCGAGUUCGCCAGUCAAUCGUUUCUCAUCCCUCCCAACUGUCGGUUCUUCAACUCUGAAGUGAGUAAUUUAGCGAACUUGCUAGCGCCUGACGAUCGGUUCGAUUUUGUUGUGCUGGAUCCGCCGUGGUGGAAUAAGUACAUCCGGAGGACGAAAGCCGUUAAUAGUAAGAUUUCGUAUCAAAUGCUGGACAAUAAUAGCAUUGGAAAUAUUCCAUUGGGGGAUUAUGUUCAUGAAAACACAAUCGUUGCGAUUUGGUGCACGAAUUCGCCAACUCAUGUUGCUGCAAUUCGGGAAAAUUUCUGCACAAAGUGGAAACUUAAACUGGUAGCAAAUUGGUACUGGGUGAAAGUCACAAAGUUUGGAGAACCCGUCUGUGCCUUCAACGGAAGCAACAAGAAGCAACCUUAUGAGCAGAUAUUCAUUGCUGUGGGUGAAAACAAUACGACGUUUGAGAUUCCGAAGGAGAGAUUCAUCUACAGCGUCCCAAGUGCGUUCCACUCGAACAAGCCACCCCUCGUAGAUCUGUUUGAAAGUCUACUUCCUGAGCGACCAAAGUGCCUGGAGAUAUUUGCCAGAAAUGUCUAUCCGAACUUUACCUCGGUGGGAACCGAAGUGCUAAAACUGCAAAAUGCCAACCUGUUUGACGUAGUAAAACGUGUGUAG